UAGAACAGCUGUUAAAAUCCAGAAAUGUUUUGAUUGUUUUUGAACUGAAUAAAGUGACUAAAAUUUUAAAGAUGAACUACCCUAAGCGAAAACCACUUUCAUGGUCGCAAUACUACGAAGAAUUACUUUUUGACCUGUGGGAAGAAAAUAUUGCGUCUAUUCGAGCUGGUCAAAAAAGCACUAUUGUAUGCAAGGCGAUGGCGGAAAAACUCGACGAGGCCGGAUUUAUAGGCGUUGAAAUGAAGGAUGUGCGCACCAAACUAGACAACAUAACCCGCAAAUACAAAAUAGAAGCCAGGGAGGGGAACUCGAAAUGGAAACACUUUUCCAGAAUUCGUCGAAUUUUGGGAGUAUUGAAACCAGCUAAAGUCAAAUAUGAUCAUUUAAUGGAACAAAGCACAGAUGACAAUGGAAAAAAGGAGCCCCUCUCAGUAAAAAGCGAGAGCUUAGGUGAUGAUUUGGAUCAGCCGGAAAUCUUAAGUGACGAGGAUGGUAAUUCCUGGGAUCGCACAUUGGAAAUGCUGUCGAAUCCAGGAAGCCUAUGUGAUGACUUGCCCUACUCGCCACAAUGUAAGAAGGCAAAACUUUCCCAGGAUGAUAUGACAUCCUUUGAGGCAGGAAUGCUAGCAGCCACAAAAGAACGCAAUAAAGAACUUAAGCUUAUGAGGAAGGAGUUGACCAACCUUGCCAGUCGACGGCUGAUCGCCUUGGAGAGGCUUCAAAUGACCUUGGAUCGGAUGGAGAAGGAAAACGCCAAAUUCCAUGAGAAAAUGCUGCAAAAAUUGUAGCAAAUUAGAAUUAAACAAUAAGUUUACAGUGGUGCCAUAUAAUAGGCUAAAUUAAGAUUACUUUAAUACUUCAUUGUAUAAUUUCCAACACAUUAUUAAAGGUCUGAUUUUGUUGGCCUACUCCUUUGUAACAUAUGUAGAUGCAACAUGUGUGCUUAAAUUACUUUUAUUAUAAAGGUAACUAGCACUUCAUUCAUUAGCGCUAUAGUAGUAAAAAUAAAUACCUAAUGGUACAUUUCAAAAUAA